AUGUCUCCGCCACAACCACCUAACAGUUUCACUUGUCGUUCUCAUGUUGAAACUUCUUCACCACUCUCAUAUGAAUCAUCACAAGAUUGUCAUCCGAACGACGAGUCACCAUCAUCAUUUAAUAUUCAAAUUCUCGGAAAAUCCUUUCAAAACAUUGAACAUCUCUCUCUUCUCCAACAACCCCUUCGACAAGUAUCGAUCGGAUUCGGCCACGUCAUCAUUCUCUGUGAAAAUGGAAAGCUUUUAUGUUUUGGUAGGAAUGAUUGUGGACAAUGCAAUCGACGCGUGGAAAGUCUACCUCCUCUAUCAUUGAACAAUAGUUCCAUCUAUGGCGACACAUUGGACAUUUUGCAAGUCACACCUCUCUUUGAUUCAUUGUCGUCGACAGAACACCAAAGUGAAGCGAUGGAGAACACGAAACAAAUGCUUCAUCACACGAUGUCCGUUCGAUCGGUUCAUUGUGGAGCUCUGCAUACCAUGAUUUUGUGUGAAAAUAAUUUAAUUUUUGCAUGUGGAAGUAAUUCAAAUGGACAACUUUCAAUUCCGUCACAAGUGGCACAAGCAUGCGGAACAGAAAUUGAAAAAUUUACUCGAGUGGAUUUGAGCUCGUGUCCAUUAUUGUUGAGCUCUCCUCUCGACUCGGUCACGAGUUCAACCAUGAAUCGAAUCAAGACGUUGCAUUGUCGUUUUUCACAUAGUGGAAUAUUGAGUGAAAAUGGGGAAUUGUAUUGCUGUGGGAGAAAUUACGACUUGGAAUUGGGUAUUCCCAAAGAAGAAAAAAUCAUGAAAUUUACUCAAGUAUUGAACAUUCCAAAAAUGAAAUUGUUUGAUUUUGCUUGGAAAUACAUGGUUGCCAUCAGUGUGGACAAUGUCAUUUAUGCCUCCAAAUAUGGAAUUUUAAAAACAGUACAGGAUCCAAAUGGAAAUGAGUUUUUCUGUCGAUACGAAAAAAGUGAACCCAAUUCAUUUGGAGAUAUUAUCAAACUAGAAUGUGGAAAUGAGCACACCAUGUUUCUCAAUUCAAGACAUGAAUUGUACGGAUUUGGUUAUUCAGUCGAUGGCCAAAUUGGUGUCAAUAGUGUCGUCAAACAAGUUGUUCGAAUUGCUCUAGAUCGAAUCAAAUACGAUGUUAUUCAUGAUUUUACAUGUGCCUACAAUCAAUCUUGUAUUAUCACCAAAAAGGGCUACAUGUACGUAUCUGGUUUGUGGGAUUUCACAGGUCUCUCAGCAAACGAUGAGGAAGAUCCUGAGGCAAAACAAGUCUUUCUGAACUAUCAAAAUCAGAAACAACCAGUGAAUGUAUUUCAAUUCACAAAAUUACCAGUUCCAAAGAAACGAUUCAAUUCCAUUGCUAUGGGAAAUGAAAUUUCAUUUCUCUUUCAUAGAUAUGACAAUGAAUACGAGUAUGAAAAAUCACUGAAGGCUAAACUAUUUCGACAAUGCCAGCACUGUAGCAAUCAUCAAUCAUUGUUUGAUGUUGUCACGAUCAAGUGCGUUAACUCGUUACCUUCCAAAAAUUUGAACACCUUACUGUGA